AUGACAAUUGACUGUGCCCUGGAACUGACCUUCAAUCAUGUCGUCCUGCCUCCAAGACUCCCUGGAGAGCAGGACAGCAAGGUUGAAGAUAUCGAAAGGGAACUGUUGACGCGUAUCCUGCGCGCGACCAAGACCAUGGAAUCCUGUGCUCGAGACGACGACCUUCCCAUAUGGCAGAACAUCGCGAAGACACUGCAUACUUGCGGACCCGUGAAUGAGGACAGAUAUGUGAAUAAAGUGGCGCUGAUGAACGUUUUCCGUGACCUGGAGUCUCAGCAUGCUGUCAUUCUUCGCAUCACAGAGCAAAACGCUGGUCUCCUUAUUCGUUUCGCUAGUGAGGAAGUUAUCUUCGAAGCCUUUGAGGUUUCACCCACGGCUGAAGAAACUCUGGCUUCCCAGGGCGCCUUGCAGUGGGAUUUCCCCAGCGUCGCCGUAUCCCUCCCUCGUUCCGAAUUCGAAAAGCCUAUCUUCCAGGAGAAUCUGGUGUCGUUCCUUGAAAAGGCCAGUCUUGAGCCACUGGACGAAUUUGCGGCCAAAACCUCCAAGGCUGGCGUAAAGGUUUUCGAAGCUCGUGAUACAGUUGACCCUGCGCUCAUCACACACUUCCUCAUGACCCUGAUAGAGGUCAACGGCAGCCGUGCAUACCCUCCUCUCCUUCGAAAGCGCAUCAAAGAUGAUGUCACCUGGGAUAACUCGGAACUGCCAUGGCGACGAAGUCCGUUCUGGCUUACACUGCGUGUUUCGGUGCAACGCUUGCUUUGCCUGGCAAUGGGCGAGGAGAAGGGACAAGCGCAUUACAAGUUCUUGAUGUGUGGCGUUCUCGCGCAGUUGCUGACGGACUCCAUCAGCAACCUGGGUGUCGAGCUGUGCAGUGUCCUCAGAGCCAAGUUGUGCCGUCGUCUGGCUAAGCUGGAGAACGAGAAGGCAGCUGCAAGUACCUCUGUUGUUCCUGUCUAUAACGACCUCUUUGAAGACAUUGGUUCUCUCUGUCGGGGCGCAAUCGAAGCUAGCACAUCCGCAAUUGAAGCCCAGUGGAACGCAUUCAAGGCGGACUAUCGACGCAAAGUUCCUUCCCUCCCGCUUCGUGCUCAGGACAGUGAGCUUCAGUUGACUCUUCCCAAUAGCGGUUCUUACCUUCAAGACGUCCUUAACCAUCGUCAUCAGAGGUCGAAACUUUUGGUUGUUGAUCCGGCCGUUCUGGGUCCCAAUUCCAGCAAGGCCACGACAAAAUUCUUCGGAUCCCUGACUUCGCGUUAUUUUGCACUGGAGGCAUCGGAGAUGUCCAUUGAAUCUGCGGCUCGUGAUGUCCCUAGCUCUCCGGAUGACUGUUCUCAACGUUGCAAGGAGAUUUCUACCCAGAUUCGUGGUUAUUUGGAGGCCGUGGGAGACGCCUAUGAAGGAAAUCCAGAGCAGAUGGGUACUUUCAUUCUCAACGUAUUCGAACAAUGGGUACACAUGGACAGAUGCGCCACUGUCGUGUAUCCGUUGCUGCUUGAAUACCACCCAUGUUUCGAACCGGAGAUGCUCGAUGUUUUGCUACUAUCACGUCUUGACGAUAUGCGGCGUCUUCAGGCUAUUCAGCAGUAUCUCCACAGCAGAUGCACUCAGGCUAAGAAGCGCAUAACUAUCUUCGCUGAUCCGCAGGACGGCUGCUUUGCCGCUAAAUGCUUUGAGGAUAUGGAGAAACUGCAUGAUCUUGAGAAAUGUGUCGAUACUGUAUCGAUAAAAUCUAGACACGCUAAAAAGAUGGAGCUACAGGAAGUGAACCGCGACUACAGAGACCGUACGGAGAAAAUGACACAAACCUUCUGUACGCAGCGGCGCAAUCCGGAUGGCACACACGAUAUCCAUGGCUGCACCCAUUGCUGGCACGUUCGUUCUCGUCGACGUCUCAAGAUUAAAGUCCAUGAGGAUUUUUUACCAAAGAGCAUUAGUCAAAAGCGCGCCGUUUUAUUCGAGCUCUCGCCCCCUGCAGCGUUUGCAGCAUAUCGCAGUGCUACUUGGGAAAUCAUCAACUGCUUCUCUCCUAAGAUUCCGCCAAACCUGGAAGAAGCACCGCAGAUGCUCUUGGGUGGCUAUUCUCAGCUUAAGACUUACUAUCGAAACAGCGAGGCUUUUUCCCUCGCGUCAAAGACGAAGUCUUGUUUGGGAACACACUAUAACUUCAAAAAGCUACCCGCUGACGCCUCAACAGUACUGUUACCGUUGGGGUUGAAGCUCACGUAUUACGACUCGAAACGUGGUAUCUGGGCAAAUCGUCUCCCACAACCAUUGGCGUUCGCUCACCAUUUUGCCUUGGACCUUCCUAAGGAGCUUGCCUUCUCAAGUCUUUACUCCUCGGAAAGUUUCGCGCCCAACGGAAGCGGUCCUACCUCGUAUGAGACGAUUGCGAGCAUCGCCGAGUGUCCAUCAGAUUUGACGAUUCACGAGUACGCCUCUCAUCAGACCCUAAUGGCAGGAAGAAACAGACGAUGGCUUUCCAUGCUCACUGAACUGGCGUCGUCAAAUGUCAACUUCAGUCUGCAGGACACCGAGAUCCUUUUCCACCAUCUCGCCCUUCAAGUGGGACCCAGGCUGGGUGAUGAUUACUUGCGAGCUGUCCAUAUCAUGUUCAGAGAUGCUGCAUUUUGUCAGGCUCUCAUCGGCCAGGUUGACCGGCAUACGGAGGCGAUUUCCGCGAACUGGCGUGAAAUUAACUAUAUGGAGACCAUGUUGACGCUUACCAUUCGACUGUGUACUCUUGGUGCCCAGGAAACCUUAGCUCGGGCUACUCAGCUUCUGUUGAAAAUCCGCCGCAUCACGCUCACAUGGAUAGCUCGCCUUCGGAACGAAACCAGGACCACGCAUGAAGCGGACGUCGCGGAAAGGACUGCGAGAUAUGGCUUCAUGUCAGCCCUGCUAUGUCGCAGAACGUUUGCGCCCCAAGCCUACAGCAAUACAGAUCUUGAUGGGGACUCGUUCAGAUCUUUUGUGGAAACCACGCUUGCCAUGCAAGAAAAUCUCGUUGUCGACCUGAGCCGGUUUUCGACCACCACGCGAAACAUGUUGAUCCGCGAUAUCAAGAUGACCUAUCGGAUGAAGACUAUGAUUUGUCGUUUGGCUAAGCGAUAUCCAUCGAGCAUGCAGUCAGCAAUUGAUUCUGUCUGGCCAAACCCUACCGACACCCCUCGCCCGUACACCAGUUGGUCUUCGCUUUCGCCUCCGUACGAAUGGUGGAUGACUUCGACAGUGGCGGCAAGCGCAACUACGAAAACCAUGCCUCAAGUAGUGCAUUACCAUCUUCUUGAGGGCCACCUUCUGGUGGACGGUAAGCCUCUUGGCAAACUUCCUGCCGAUAUCAGAGAUUCGGAGAUUUUGAAAGAACUCUUUGGAAAUCAGCGACUGGUUGCAUUUCCGUCAAACCUGCCUGGAGUGAGUUACAUGCUGGGAAUACCGAAGAAUGGUAACCACAUUCACAUUGGAUACAGAGGCCAGAAGCUCAUAAUCCAAGCCCAAGGCACGACAAGCCUGCUUGAAUUUGUCCCGAAAAGCGUCUUCGGCAAUGAGUCUAAUUUCGACCUUCCGAGAUCUCUGAUAUACGACUGCGUGCACUGGGUUGAUUUGCAUUCCGGCAAUCUCGAAGUCCGACGCCAACCAAACAUCUGGAAGAGUAAACCCGGGAACUGGAGAAUCAACAUUCGUACCAGACAAGGAAGGAGACGAGAAUCCUAUCUGGUGGACCCGCAAAGCAAGACGUUCGGGCUAGUAGCUCAGAUAUUUCGUGACUUCGCGCAACCGCUUUUGUUAACGGUCUACCAACCUCGUGGAAAUCUGUCGGUUGAGCUGAAAAGCAUGGAUCUCGAUUUCUUCGUUAACAGGCAGCGUAAUCUCCAUUGCAAGCAGCUAGCGUCUGAGAUCGAUCCUGAUCAAGAUGUCGGUGCAUUAUAUGGUCUCCAGAGCAUGAUCGUUUUGAGGGAUGUUGCCAAUCCAAUGCAGCGCAGCGUGAUCACAACGUUGGGAACCCUGCGGUAUCGACGCCAAGGAGUACAUGUCAACGUGAAGAUGGAUAACGAUGGAAGUUAUGCCAGAUAUAUGAUCGAUGACAUGCUUGGUCGAUUGCACUGUCCACCAGAACCGCGUCUUCUUUACAACAAGGCUCAGAUGCACGCGUUUACCUCCUUCGUAAUCCCAGAUCCUCUCACAGGCCGCACUGGUACUGAAGAGGCGCUGCGGUGCCUACAAUCUGGGUCAUGCCAGCCAUGGAAUCCUUUCAAUCCCAAGUUGACACCAACCCUACAGACGCUUGCGAACCUGUCACCCCGAAGGAAUUACUAUCCCAAGAACUUGAAGCGACAGCAAAUCGUCACUUGGGAUUCAGAUUUAACCUUUACUAUCCAGCACGACGCGUUCAAGUUGGUUGUUGAUUCGAUCAUUGCAAAGUUGCAACGGCUCUGGCUAUUCCAAGCCAAUGCCCCAGAGAUCAAGGACGACAAAGUAUGGACAGUUCCACACCUCCGUGAGCGGGCUCACUGGCGUCGAUCUAUCUACGAACGUCCAGAGAUAAUGUCUACCCAGCUAUGCGCUCCUGCUGACAAGACGUACCUGUCUCGAGCGGCGAUAACUGAGUCAGUCCGGACGUCCAAAGCUCGAGAGAUCCUGGCGAUACUCCGCUCACGCCCUCGGCUACUCUGCACGACCACCAAUCUGAAAGAUGUCGUCCGGAAAUGGCCCAUUAUCGGUGGCUACAUCGGCGAGUUCGCACCAAAUCUCAUCAGCGACUGUCUCGAAGCAGACUUAGGCCAGGAAUGGGGCCGUUUGGUGAAUCUUUGCCGAAAUUGCAAAGAGGACGAUGUGUACAAUCUCAUGUUCCGAUUGGGAGUGGCGGCCUUCCGCGAAGGAGUCAACAUGCAGGUUCUAAUGGCGGCUGUUGCCUUUUUCCUUUUCGACGACCUCAAAACGAUUGACCUCCCCGAAUACGCUUCAUUCGCUGGGUCUGACAUGGAUGGAAAAGUCACGUAUCAAGAGCUCUUCAACCUGAUUAGGCCAUGUUGCAAGACGUAUCAGAGACCACAAAUCCCCAGGAGAGAAAGGCAUAUGGCUUCUCUAGCUGAGCCCCUUGCUUUCGAGGAUGCCGAGCGUGAACACGAGCGGAAAUCCACCAUCGAAUGCAUGGAGUUUACAAGGUUAUUGCAACAGCAAUGGCCGACUCCUAAACCCUCUACCGAAGGAUUUGAUGCAAAGUAUAUCAAGUUGGAUGAUACACUAGAAGCUGUUCUGCCUUACUGGCAGAGGAUACAUGCUGGUCUGCAGCUCUCGGAGCACGUCGCUAAGGUGCAAAAGAUUCUCGAUCGUAGCCCAAAGGUGAAGUUAUUCGGAUCGCGGCAGAGGAAUGUUGAGGCUAUCCCUCGUCUAGGACAAGAUCUCCUCAGCAGGCCAGGCGAUAAAGCUGGCAAGGUGCCUUUCAAUCUGCCUCGCAUCGCGAAGCCCAAAUUCGAGCAAGUUAAUCAGCGGGUUAAGCACAAACUGAACACGCAGUUGAAGGCGCUGCCUACGGGGGCGAAGCCGGACUCGACUGAGGAGAUUGCAGAGCUGGACAGCAUCAUUGGUCGACUCCUCCACUCGGACUGUCCUGUGAGAUCGAUUUACGGAAGCGACCUGGGGCAGAGUGUCGAUGCGCUGAAGAAGAUGAACAAAAACCUCACAUCCAAGCCCGUGGUGGAAAUGAACCUUGACUCCGAGAUUGCCAAGGCUUAUACGGCUCUUGAACGAUGCUACCAAUCCCUAGUCAACGCACUUGUGAUCGAUGAUCCGCGAUGCUCUUGGCUUCUUCGAGCCAACCUUUGGCCCUCUAUGACGCCGACCUCGUUACUUGAGUACCUUCGGUCCAAUUCCGACGGCGCGUUUGGCAUAGCUAUGAAGACCAAGAUCCUUGAAUAUGCCAAGUCGAUCGUCAAAGUGCAGCAUCUAUUCCGGAUGAAGGACGCCUUACUGAAGAAGGAUGAAGGAAGGUUCCGGCAAGAGUACGACAACCCCGGUCACGUUAACUGGGAUCCAGCCGUGUACACAGACUGGCUUCUCUUGGAAAUUGACGCCAACAUGCAAAUUCGCAAGGAUCAAGUUACAGUCGCACUGGAAAUGAUCUCACCGUCAUCUGGCGCCAAUUCCGUCUUGCAGAUGAACAUGGGACAGGGGAAAACCUCGGUGAUCAUGCCAAUGGUGGCCUGUGUUCUUGCCGACAGGAAGAUGCUCACCAGGCUGUUGGUCCCCAAAGCGCUGCUGUCACAGACGGCACAGAUUCUCCAAUCCCGGCUCGGAGGCCUUUUGGGCAGAGAAGUCACUCAUGCUCCGUUCUCUCGUCGGACUCCGACAACACAGCAGCAUAUCCAGGAGUAUCGCAACUUUCACGGGGACAUGAUGCGAUCAGCCGGUAUUAUGCUAGCUAUACCCGAGCAUGUCCUGUCCUUCAAACUGUGCGGCUUGCAGCGGGUGUCUGAUUGCAAGUUUUCCGAAGCGUAUCAGAUGAUUGCCAUUCAGAGGUGGAUGGAUGAGGUGUGCCGUGAUAUUUUAGAUGAGUGCGACUUUACCCUCGCCACAAAGACCCAACUCAUCUACCCAAGCGGUGAACAGCUAGCAGUUGAUGGACAUCCACACCGAUGGAAGGUCGCUGAGGUUAUACUUGGUUUGGUCGCACACCACCUGCGAGAUCUGGCCCAAGAGUUCCCGCAAAGCAUUGACGUGACCGAGCGAGCAGUCACAGAGUUCCCUGUUGCGUAUUUCUUGCGAGGUGACGUCGAGAAUGCACUUGUUCAGAGAGUUGUUGAUGAUGUAUGCGCCGGACGAACAUCCAUGCUGCCCAUUCGAAACUGUACGAAGGAGCAGCGCCAGGCCAUCCGUGUUUUCAUUUCACGAGAGAUGGUGGAUCAACGUGUCAUUGACGUGGUCUCGCAAUUAUUCCCUGAUGUGCCGAACGCCCGAAAAAUCGUAUACCUCCUACGUGGUCUCCUCGUGCACGGCAUCCUCCUCCUCUGUUUGAAGAGGCGUUGGAAUGUGCAGUACGGCCUGCACCCUGAUCGAAACCCCGUGGCUGUUCCGUUCCAUGCAAAAGGCGUUCCUUCGGAGCAAGCUGAAUGGGGCCACCCUGACGUCGCCAUCCUAUUUACCUGCCUUGCGUUCUACUACCAGGGACUGGACCAGAAGCAACUUCGACAGAGUCUACAGGUCAUCCUAAAGUCGGAUGAUCCUACUACUGAAUACGACCGGUGGACGCAAACCUCGACCUCGCUCCCGGAUGCUCUGCGCCAUUGGAACAUCAUCAACGUCGACGAUGAAGGACAGGUUGAAGAGAUCUGGCGCCAUUUGCGCUUUUCGACUGUUGUGAUCAACCAUUUCCUCAAUUACUUCGUCUUCCCCGCUCAUGCGAAGCAGUUUAGCAUCAAGCUUCAGGCAUCGGGGUGGGACGUUCCUUUGUUUUCUGCUGAUAAACUAUGGGCAGAGGAAAGAGGUAACAGGCCAGGGAUCACGACUGGCUUCAGCGGCACGAAUGACAACAGACGUUUGCUUCCGAUGACAAUUGAACAGCACGAUCUGCCAGGCCUAUCGCAUACUAAUGCAGAGGUACUGACAUAUCUCCUCCAGAAGAGAAACCGGGGUUACAUCUUAGCGGCCAACAAGCACGGGAGACGUUUCUCAGAGUUUGAGCUGCUGGACCAUCUCAGCGCGAAUAACAUGCGUGUUCUCAUCGACGCCGGCGCCUUCAUUUUGGAAAUGGAUAAUCGAUCCUUGGUUAAAGCAUGGUUGGACCGGCUUCCUAAGGCUCAGGGGGCUGUUUAUUUUGGAUCUGAUAACAAGGCUUGGGUCCAGUACCGAGCUGGUAAGACUGUUCCGUUGAUUGCCACCCCUUUUGCUGAGAAUUUGGAUAAUUGCUUGGUUUACUUGGACGAGGCGCAUACUCGGGGCACGGAUUUAAAGCUGCCAGCUCAGGCUAGGGGCGCACUAACGUUAGGUUUGAACCAGACUAAGGAUCACACUGUUCAAGCUGCGAUGCGAAUGCGUCAGUUAGGAAGGACGCAGUCGGUUGCGUUCAUCGCGCCCCCGGAAGUCCAUCAGAGCAUUUUGGACGUCUGCAAGAAGAGCUCAUUGGAUAAACUCAGCUCCUCUCAUGUUGUGACUUGGCUAUUGGAUCAAACAUGCACUAAUAACCAGGAACUUCAACCUUUAUAUUUCUCACAAGGCAGAGACUUCUGUCGGCGUACACAAGCGGCAACGACUUGGGACCAGUUUAUGUCCCAACCAAAGCACCGAGACGCAUACAUGGCAGUUCUGCAGCAACCGGAACGGCAAGGUUUGGAAGAGCUGUACGCUCCGGAGAAGCCUUCGGCGGUAGACGCCAGUUCCAUGGCUCUCUCUGGCGAGCUCCAUAGCUUCGAGAAAACUCUUCAGCACCAAUCGCAGCAUUCCACCAGCUCGGCCCGAAGCUCGGCUCUCGAAGAAGUCGAGCAAGAGCGGGAGGUUGCUUUUGAGAUCGAAGAGGAGAGAGAAGUGCAGCGGCCUUGUCGUCUUCCGGCCUUCAAAUUUCCAGGCUUGCAUCAGGCUAUACGUGAAUUUGUUAUCACUGGCUUGCUAAAUGGGAAUUGCGGAUACACGAGAGCGUCGACGGCGCUGGAUAUGACCCAUUUGGGACAGAAGUACAGAAUCCGGACCUCUUCGCUGCUGCGCCAUCUGUAUAUCUCGCAUGAGUUCAUGAGAACGGUGAAAACCACCAAUGCAGGAGUACUCGAUGACUUUACCCGACCGGUGAACUGGAUCCUUUGGAGUGCAGUAUCCGACAUGGCACUAGUCGUCAUACCAGAAGAAGCCGAGCUCCUAAUCCCCCUCCUUCGAACAGCCGAGAUACCACUCGUACACCUCCUCGUGUACGCCGCACCCGUGACCAGAAAGAUGCAACACUUCAACCGCCUCGACUUCUACUCCACUCCCACUCUCCCAGAGGACUGGGAACCGCCGUCAUGGUUAGCUUUCGAACUCGGGAUCCUGGGCGGACGGCUCUACUUUGAAUUCCUGGAAUAUCAUCACAUAAAAGAGAGUCUAUGCUUCGAAGCACAGAACAAUGGAGCUUUCUCGGAAGAAGACGACAGCGACUACGAAGACGAUCCCCAGACCACCACCAAAAACACCCUCGCCUUCCUUGGCGAGUGGCUUUCUCUCCGCCGCCAGGGACAGGAUAUCACGCAUACACCCAUGGGAUACGUAUGUCAGGGUUGGCAGCUCCGGAGUGACCAUCCGUUCUUUACGCAGAGGCUUGUUGACAUUGAUUUUUCGAGUGAUGGAUACACGUAUCAUCCAAGUAGUCAGAGUGAGAUUGAAAUUGACGAGGAUGUUGAUAGUGAGGAUGAAGAUGAGGGUGAGGGCGAUGGUGAGGGCGAUGGUGAGGGCGAUGAUGGAGAUGAGAAUGAGAAUGAGGAUUACGUUGACGAGGAUAAGAAUGAUGAUGAGGGUACUGGGUAG